GGCGCAAUUUCCAAAAUUUAUUUCAUUUAUAAUUUGUGUUAUUAAUUCUCUUAAAUUUUAUUUCUUAUAAACAAAUAAACCUAAAUAUGUCCUCAGUAUACGAAGAUGAUGUAGUUGAAGAUUUACUUAAUGGAAAUUUACAUGAAUUACCAAGCGAUGAAGAAAAUGAACAGAAUGGCAUGGGUGGGGAAGAUCUUUUUGGCGAAGAUGGUGAAGCCGGUGGUAAUGCGGAUGGUGCGCAACCCGGUGUUAAAGUUGAACCAAAAAAGCGAACAGUGCGAAAUCCAAGACCGAAAUUAUCUUUGGAUACUUUGACGGGACCGCGUGGCAUACAUACAAUAGAAGAAUAUUUCAAGGAUGUUAGUUUCAAAGGAAAAGGACAUGAAAAACGGGAUCUAGAUGAGAUGAUGCGUCGUAUGACACACUGGGCUCAUAGGAUGUAUCCAAAUUACAAGUUUGACGAUGUCUUAACCAAUAUCGAACGUAUUGGGAAAAAGAAAUCACUUCAAGUACAUAUGUCACGUUAUCGUCUGGGUAUGUUGGAAAACUUGAAAACCACUGGUGACAAAGCACAUGACGAAGAAGAGGAUGGUGAUGCAGAUGCAGCAGCAGAUGAACCAUUUGACGAGUUCGAUGCAUUGUUGGGUGAACAAAUUGCCAUAUCUAAAAUAGCGCCGCGUACGCCUGCACAUUACAGUAGUGGUGGUGCUGAUAGAAUGGACGCGACAUUUACAGGCGCUAGUAGCAGUACUUUACACACACCAUCAUUUAAUCGUGGUAAUGCAGUCAUGUCUACACCAUACACUACCAACGGCCACGUGGGCUAUAAAUUAAAUGACAGCGAACUAGCACGUCCACUACCGCCGUCACAACCGGCAUCACCUGCUCCGAAAUUAACAGCAGAGCAAAUAGCGCGUAUAGCAGAAAAUCGACGUAUAGCAUUGGAGAGAUUGAAAGCGAAAAAAGAACGUUUAGCGCAGCACACAAACGCAACUGUAGAUCUAACAAAGACAAUACCAGAGGAGGCAUAACUCGAAGUAUUGCGCCACACGUGAGAUUCGUUAGAUGUACAUACAUAUAAAAUUAGUCAACACAUUUAACCUUCUGAGAUUCAAACUAUGCAGCAUUUAACACUACUAAAUUUGCUUAUCACUUUUUUUUAUACGUAAGUUGUUUUCUAUACAUAAAUUUUGGCAAAUUUUCCAAUA